AUGAACGAAAGACAAAAGGCUGAAUUAGAAGGAAAUAAAGGAAAAAGUUUAUUUUGCAAGAUUUCACUUAAUGGAUCAUAUGGUUACGAUGCAAUGAAUACACAAAAUUACGCAAAGACUAAAAUAAUGAAUGCACAGAAGGCACGCGUUGCAUGUAUGUCAAAUAAGUUUAAAAACAUAAGAGAAAUAGGUGAAGAUACGUAUCAAGUGAUGCUUAAAGAUAGAUUUUAUAGAUGUGAUACAUGUUUACAAGAGGCAUUCUUCACUUUAGAUAACGCAAAAUACUGGUAUUUGGUUUUCAUUUAUGAUUUUAUGUAUAAAUGCAUGGAUGUUAAUCGUUUUCAUUUCAUUGAAGGUGAUACUGAUUCAUCUUAUUGGGCUAUUGCUGGCGAUCCAAGUCUUCCUAACACUCAAGCAUUUCAGGCGAUUGUAACCGAUAAACAAUUUUAUGAUAAAAACAUUUUCAAAUUCGCACCUUUUGAUUUCUUCUGUUUUGAUGAGAAAUUUAAACCUAAAUUAAAGAAUAAAGCUGAAGAAAAAGCACAUGAGAAGAAGUUAUUGGGUUUAGCAAUUGAGAAACAAGGUGAUAACAUGGUUGCUUUAUGCCCUAAGUGUUAUACUUCAUUCAACGGUUCAAUUGAUGGGGGUGAUUUUAAAAAGAUUGCACAGAAAAUGAAAGGUGUUAGUUUACGACAAAAUAAGCAAUUAACACCUAAAAAAUAUUUGGAUAUAAUAAAUGAUAAAGUUAUUUUCGAUGGUCAGAAUAUUAAUUUACAACUUAAAAACGGGUCAAUGACUCGCUUAACAAUUGGUAAGACUGCAUUAACAGGAGCACACACUAAGGCUGUAUGUUGUGAAAAUGGAUGUUGUAUGCCAUUUAUUUAA